AUGUCACACCAUAGUUUUCCGAUGAAUGGCCAUGGAGGGAAUGGCGGAAUCGACCCAAACGACCUUUCCAUGGCCGGAAACUUUGGUUCAUCCUUCCAGAACAAUAACUUUUCUGGCGGCCAUACAAACACGAACAAUGUGUCGAACGGAUUCCUCGGCGAUGACGAGCUACUCGACAGUCUCACAAGCCCUAACCCGACAGAUCAUCAGGGCGGGUUGCAUGGCCAAGGGCAAGAUUUCGGCAUGGACAACAUGGGUGGAAUGGCUUUCUCCCACGGCGCUUACGGUUCGUCUCAUCACGGGUUAUCCAUCGACAAUUACUCGAGCACCCCCGACGGUGAUCCUAUUCAGAGCCCCUAUGUGCACCAACCGUACAACCAGUACCGCCCGAUGCAGCACCCCCAAUCGUAUGUCUCGAUGCAAUCGCCGCUCGCUUACACCCCAGAAUUGAACGAGCCGACCGACCUCCCUUUCAAACCAGUACGCCCUCCCAUGCCCCAAGUUAUGGGACGCAAGCCAUCGGCUCCGAGAGCGCCCACAGGAGCCACCAUGGGUCUCUCGAUCGGUUCAGACUCGACCUUUGCCCAACCUAUCAGACCAACUGGUCGUGUGGGCCACGAGAAGUCUCAUUCCGGACAGUGGAUGGGGACUCCUAAUAGUUUAUCCUCAUUUCCCGGAUCCGCGUCGGGCUUCUCAUCCCCCAUCACAGCGGGCAUGCACACUCAGAUGAGUGAGCUCCUCAAGGGAGGCGCUUCCAUGCCAGCCAAACUUGGGUCGCCGGCAGCGUCCACAGCCGAGCAAAAGAAGAAGAAGAGGAGAGAGUCCCACAACAUGGUCGAGCGUCGCCGACGAGACAACAUCAAUGAGAGAAUACAGGAUCUCAGCAAACUCGUCCCAACGCAUAGGCUUGAGGACGAAAAGGUCCGCAAAGCUCUUCAAAACGGCGGCACUCCCAUGUCCCCUGAUAGUGGCACUCCCGGCCAAGCCACGUCAUCGUUGGCCGGUCCUGGUGCUCGUGCUGCGGUCCGCGGUACCGCUGGAUCCAUCACGACUGGCUUGCCGAUGGAAGAGAAAGACAAGGGUCCCAACAAGGGCGAUAUUCUCAACGGCUCCGUUGCCUGGAUGCGGGAUCUCAUGUGGCUGGUCGAGCUCAAGAUUCACCAGGUGGAAGAGCUCUCAAACUCUCUCAUGGCUGCGGGCAUGAAGCUACCUUUUGAAAUCACCGAGGAUGAGCAGCGUAUGCAGUCAGAGGUCUUGGAUAUGAUGUCCAAAGAUCUUGGCAUCAAGUUCACCUACUCGCGUACUGACGGCUCUAAUCUUCGUGUGCCGGAUUUCACCGAUUACGCCGGCAAGAAGCUGAGUUCUGGGAAUAAUGGAACUUCGGGUGGCUACAUGCCGGUGAGCCCCAGUAAUGGCAUGGGCGGUCAUGACAUGCUGGACGCCGACGAUUUCCUGGACUACGACGAGGAUGAUAAUGACAAUGGGGCUUUCAAGUCGGAGGCCGAAUACGGCAGGAUGGAUAUGUCGUGA